CGCCGCCGCCGCCGACAUGGCCCGCCUCGCAGACUACUUCGUGGUCGUGGCCUUCUCCCCGGGGAAGCGCGGGAAUGGCGAUGGCCAGGGACAGAUACUUCAGCGCUUUCCAGAGAAGGAUUGGGAAGACAACCCUUUCCCACAGGGCAUUGAGCUGUUCUGCCAGCCGAGCGGGUGGCAGCUCUUCCGUGAGAGGAAGCCCCCCACCUUCUUCAUCGCAGUCCUGACGGACAUCAAUUCGGAGCGCCAUUACUGUGCCUGCUUCACUUUUUGGGAGGCCGUUGAGAGGUCCCAGCUUCAGAGUCGUUUGCGGAAGGAGGAGGAGGAGGAGGAGGAUGAAGAGGAGGAAGUGGCCGCCCCAGUCCAGCCGGCGCAGCUCUUUGCCCCCAAAAGUUUGGUGCUUGUCUCCCGGCUGGACCAUGCAGACGUUUUCCGGAACUGCCUGGGCCUGGUCUACACCAUCUACGUGGAUGGGCUGAGCACCUCCUUGGAGACUGUCAUCGGGAACCUGCUGACCUGCACCAUCCCCAUCACGGGGGGCUCCCAGAGGACCAUCUCCCUGGGGGCUGGCGACAGGCAGGUCAUCCAGACGCCCAUCAACGACUCCCUUCCCAUCAGCAACUGCAGCGUGGCCCUUCUCUUCCGACAACUUGGAAUCACCAAUGUCCUGUGCCUCUUCUGCGCGGCCCUCACGGAGCACAAGAUCCUGUUUCUGUCCAGCAGCUACCAGAGGCUGACCGAUGCCUGCCGGGCCCUCCUUGCCCUCAUGUUCCCCUUGAAGUACAGCUUCACCUACGUGCCCAUCCUCCCGGCUCAGCUGCUGGAGGUCCUCAGCACGCCCACCCCCUUCAUCAUCGGGGUCAGUUCUGACUUCCAGUCGGAGACUCAGGAGCUGCUGGACGUUAUCAUAGCCGACCUGGAUGGAGGGACGGUCACGGUGCCCGAGUGCAUCCACAUCUCUUUGUUGCCUGAGCCGCUUCUGCAUCGUACGCGCGAAGCUCUCUCCAUGGUCCUGGACCCCGGGCUGGAAAUUGCAGACCUGGCCUUCCCGCCGUCCACCAUCUCUGCCUCCUCCCUCAAGAUGCAGGACAAGGAGAUCCGGGCCGUCUUCCUCCGGCUGUUUGCUCACUUGCUCCAGGGCUACCGCUGGUGCCUCCACAUCAUCCGCAUCCACCCCGAGCCUGUCAUCCGCUUCCAUAAGGCCGCCUUCCUGGGGCAGCGUGGGCUGGUGGAAGAUGACUUCCUUCCCAAAGUGCUGGAAGGCAUGGCGUUCGCCGGCUUCGUGACAGAGCGGGGUCCGCCGUAUCGGGAGGUGGACGUCUUUGAUGAGCUCGUGGCCAACGAAGCCCAGCGGAUGCAGGCCGACGAAGGCAGCAAGGUCCGCGUCCUGCAGCACAUCAAGGAGUUGGCGGAGCAACUGUAUAAGAACGAGAACCCCUACCCAGCCGUGACAAUGCACAAGGUGCAAAGGCCCACGGAGGGCUCCCACCUGCGGCUCCACCAGAGGCCUUUCCCGCGCCUGGACGAGGGCACCAUCCAGUGGAUCGUGGACCAGGCCACGGCCAAGCUGCAGACGGCCCCCCCUGUGGUCCGGGCAGAGAGGAAGUGCCUGGUGCCAUCUGGGCCCCCCCUCGGGACGCUCAUGGAGCGCAACGGCCUGGUCCUGGCCAACAGCGCCCGUCGCCUGGAGGUGGUCCGGAACUGCAUCUCCUACGUCUUUGAGAGCAAGAUGCUGGAGGCCAAAAGGCUCCUUCCGGCGGUGCUGCGGGCCAUGAAGAGCCGGCCAGCCCGGCAGUGCCUGACACAAGAGCUGAACCUCCACGUCCAGCAGAACCGGGCCGUCCUGGACCACCUGCAGUUUGACUUUGUGGUUCGGAUGAUGAACUGCUGCCUGCAGGACUGCAGCACCGCAGACGAGCAUGGAGUGGCCGCCGCCCUUCUGCCCUUGGUCACAGCAUUUUGCCGAAAACUCAGCCCCGGGAUCACACAGUUUGCGUACAGCUGUGUGCAGGAGCACCUGGUGUGGACCAACCUCCAGUUCUGGGAGGCCAUGUUCUAUGGCGACGUGCAGAACCACAUCCGGGCCUUGUACCUGGAAGGCACCGAGGAGAACCACCUGGAGCAGCAGGCGGGCGAGGGGGAACCGCAAGAGCAGGAGGGGUCCAUCCUGGAGAUCGCGGCGCUGCAGUGCCGGCUGUGGCCCACCAUGAGCCCCGAGAAGCAGCGGGAGCUGAUCCAGAAGGAGGAGAGCACGGUCUUCAGCCAGGCCAUCCACUACGCCAACCGCAUGAGCUACCUGCUCCUCCCGCUGGACACCAGCAAGAACCGCCUCCCGCGCAGCUCUGGCCUCGGGGACGCCGAGAGCGUCAGCAACAGCUUCAUCACCAACAGCAUCGCCGGGAGCGUGGCCGACAGCUACGACACGGAGAGCGGCUUUGAGGACGCCGAGACCUCCGACGUGGCCAACUACGUGGUGCGCUUCAUUAACCGCUUUGUGGACAAGAGGCUGUGCUCUGGCUCCCAGCAGAACACCUGGGCCGAGUGGGGAGGCCGCCUCGCUGUCCACUGUUGUGGGGCAAAGUGGAGCAACUCGCCCUGUUUCAGGCCCCCGUUUCUGGGCCACUGGCUCUUCUCUUUGGUGGAUGGGUGGGCAGGCGGGCGAGCGAUUGAGCAAGUGGGAGUCCUGCCGUGGAGCGAGGCCAGAGGGGUUCCUGGGUUGCUCUCCCUCAGGAAGGGCUGGGGCAAGGUGUCCCCUCCCUCCCUGCACCCCCCUUCCCUUCCCUUCCCUCCCUCACUCCUUCCUGCCUCCUCAGUGGGGGAGCAGGUGGUGGUCCGCUCCUUCCCCGUGGCUUCGCUGACCAAGGAGGAGAAGAUCACUGCCCAGGCGCCCGUGGACCAGUUCAUCCCGGAGGGCUGUGCUCAGUUGCAGCUGCGCUCCUGCACCUUCCAGUUGCUGCGCAUUGCUUUUGAUGAGGAGGUGGCCUCUGAGAGCGUGGAGGUCUUCCGGAAGCAUCUCCAGAAGCUGCGCUACCCGCAGCACAUUGCCGACACCUUCGCCUUCACGGUGGGCCAGGCGAGCAAGCCGGCCCUGCAGCCCAAAGCCAAGGAGAAGAACCCCUCCCUCAGGACCAUCUCCAAGAACCUGGUGAAGAACGCCAAGAGGACCAUUGGCCGCCAGUACAUCACGCGCAAGAAGUACACGCCUCCUCCCUGGGAGCACCGCGGGGGCGGCCAGCAGGCCUUUCCAGAGGACAACGAGGACGAGAUCUCAGUCUCUGAAGAAAUGGACAGAAGCACCUUGACCCCCGCCUCCUUGACCAUCCGGCCCUCGGACAAGAUGACCAUGGGCCAGUUGGUGGAGCGGGCCUGCUGCCGGGACUACCAGCGCCUGGGCCUUGGCACCCUGAGCAACAGCCUGACGCGCUCCAAGAACGAGCCCUUCCGCAUCUGCACCGUCAACCGGAUGUACGCCAUCUGCCGCAGUUACCCGGGGCUCCUGAUCGUGCCGCAGAGUAUCCAAGACAACACCAUCCAGCGGAUCUCGCGCUGCUACCGACAGAACCGCUUUCCGGUCGUCUCCUGGAGGAACUCGCGCACCAAGGCGGUCCUGCUCCGCUCAGGCGGGCUCCACGGGAAGGGCGUCGCGGGGCUCUUCAAGUCCCCCAAUGCCCCCGCCCCAGGCCCCUCGCAGGCAGACUCCACCAGCCUGGAGCAAGAGAAGUACCUGCAGGCAGUCAUCAACUCCAUGCCCCACUACGUGGAUGCGGGCGGCGGCCGGAAUACCCUCAGCGGCUUCACUUCUGCCCACAUGAGCAGCUCAGAUUCCUCUGAGAAGCGGCAGCCCAAGCUGGGAUCCCUUAUGAAGCAGGUGAUGGGAGGGAAGGACGAAGGGCCCGGGCCGGUCAGCCGCGGAGCCCUAGGUCACAGAGCCAGGGUCAUUACCCUCUCCAGCCCCAAGAGCCUGGCCGUAAAGGGACGCCUGUCCCCUCGAGGCAAGUGGGGCAGCAUCCGGGCCAGCGGGCGCACCAGCAGCUAUGCGCUCAACAUGGAGGUCGGCUCCCGCUUGGCCGGGAAGGAGCUGCUCGGCGCGCCGCCCAACGGGUCCCCCUCGGAGGCCAGCUUCCUGCGCCAGCACCGGGCCUCGCUCUACAUCAUCGGAGACAAGUCCCAGCUCAGGGGAGUGAAGCCGGACCCGCUGCAGCAUUGGGAGGUGGUGCCCAUCGAGGUGUUCGAGGCCCGGCAGGUCAAGACCAGUUUCAAGAAGCUGAUGAAGGCCUGCGUGCCGGGAAACCCUUCUGCGGAGCCCAGCCUGGCCUACCUGCGCUCUCUGGAGGAGUCCGAAUGGCUGACCCAGAUCCACAAGAUCCUACAGAUUGCUGUGCUGGUGGUGGAGCUGCUGGACACAGGCUCCUCUGUGUUGGUCAGCCUGGAGGAUGGCUGGGACAUCACCACGCAGGUGGUCUCCCUGGUGCAGCUGCUGUCGGACCCCUACUACCGCACGCUGGAGGGCUUCCGGCUGCUGGUGGAGAAGGAGUGGCUGUCCUUCGGCCACCGCUUCAGCCACCGUGGGGCGCAGACGCUGGCCGGCCAGAGCGGGGGCUUCACGCCCGUCUUCCUGCAGUUCCUGGAUUGCGUCCAUCAGAUCCACUUGCAGUUCCCCAUGGAGUUUGAAUUCAGCCAGUACUACCUGAAGUUCCUCAGCUACCACUCUGUCUCCAACCGCUUCCGCACCUUCCUGCUGGACUCGGACUACGAGCGCCUGGAGCUGGGCCUUCUUUACGAGGAGAAGGGCGAGUCCAAGGGGCCGCAGCCCUUCCGGUCAGUCUGGGAGUAUGUGGAUCGGCUGAACAAGAAGAUCCCGGCCUUCUUCAACUACAUGUAUGCCCCCGAAGACAGCGAGGUGCUGCGCCCGUACAGCAACCUCUCCAACCUGAAGGUCUGGGACUACUACACGCAGGAGACCCUGUCCGAGGGCCCUUCCUACGACUGGGAGCUGGUGCAGGGCCGGCCGGAGCCUGUGGAGGACCCUGGGCCCCCGGAUGCUGGAGCACCGACCCCGAGCCGGCGCAGGAUCGUCUGGCCCUGUUACGACAACCGCAGCCGCGUGGAGCCAGACGCCAUCUCCCGGCUGCUGGAGGAGCUGCAAAACCUGGAGAUGGAGUUGGGCCAGAUUCCCGGGCGUUGGAAGGACACCUGGGACAAGUUGAAGGCCUCUCAGCGAGCGGAGGCCCACGAAGACGCCGGUGGUGGCAAAGGUGCGUCCAGUGCCCUGCUCAUGGCGUCCAGCGGCCUCUCCCACCAGCGGCGCUCGCUGGGCGCCUACCUGCAGGAGAGCGGCGUGGGCAGCUCGGCCAUCAACCUCAGCCUGGACAACGACGCCAGCAGCGCCUCCACCCCCUCCAGCGGGAAGCCGGGCGGCCGCCGGAGCAACACCAGCACCCUCUACAGCCAGUUCCAGCCGGCCGAGAGCGAGAACCGGUCGUAUGAAGGGACCCUCUACAAGAAGGGCGCCUUCAUGAAGCCCUGGAGGCCGCGCUGGUUUGUGCUGGACAAAACAAAGCACCAGCUGCGCUACUACGACAGCCGCCUGGACACCGAGUGCAAAGGGGUCAUUGACCUGGCCGAAGUGGAGUCCAUCACCCCCGGCACCCCGACCAUGGGAGCCCCCAAAAUGGUGGACGAGAAGGCCUUCUUUGAUGUGAAGACCACCAAGCGUGUUUACAAUUUCUGCGCCCAGGACGUGCUCCUGGCUCAGCAGUGGAUUGACCGCAUCCAGGGCUGCUUGUCCGACGCCUGAGGCUGCCCCCCCUCCGCCCCCCCUCCCCGAAAGGCCGCUCUCCUCCUCUGGCGGUGCCUGCUGGGACAGGACAGGACGAGACAGGAACGAGGCUCUCAGGGGGGGGCGCCCGGCCGGCCGGCCUUCUUUCCUUCUCAGAGGAAGAUGCGCCGCUGCGCUCGCUCCUUGGAGCCAGGCCACAGCCCAGGAGGGGCCUCCCUUGCCCAGGCCCCCUCCGGCCAAGGUCACGGACGCUGCCCAGUGGACUCGGAGCGCUCUCUGAUGGUGUGUGGGGGCGGGGGCGUGUGGAGGCCCUUUAAGAGGGCGGGCGGGCCGUGACGCUACUUGACCCUUCCCUCUGGCCUCAUGGCCACGGGGCCAGAUGUGGGGGGGGGGUCAUCCCGUGGGAGGUGGGGGGCUCUGGGAGGUGGGAGCUUGCCAAACUGGCCCUUCCGGGUUCUUCCUCAGCUGCCCAGGAAGUGACCCUUGCGCCCGCCUGCCACUGACCCACAGCAAGGCGCGCCCCCGCCCCAGAAGCCCUCACCCCCCUCCCCUCCUGGUGGUUGAAGGCUUGAGGCGUGCUGGCUGCAGGCCGGGGUGGACGCUCGUUGUACAUAGGCGGCCGGAGCCCGCUCCCCUCCCCCCUCCCUUUUGUAUUUGUACAAUAUCGGCCGUGGCUGGUGUGAAUUGGAGGGUUUUGUAACUUCCUUGCGCAGUUGUAGAUUAUUGAAGUUUCUGUACAUUGUGUCAAGCCUACGACAACAACGACAACAGAGUCCUUGUAUUGUAUUGUGCCUAGAGGAAGAAAAAUAUAUGAAGAAGAAGAAGGAGAGGCAAAGCUAAUGGGGUUUAAUAAAAAACAGUGACCUACGUG